AUUGUUGUUUGUGGAAUACAUAUUUGGCUGAAUGAGCAUUCGGUGCGUCCAAACUUUACGCGUCUUUACGCGCACAUUUAUUCAGCUUGCUGACGCAGGUUUAGUUGUAUUUGGUCUCUGGAUCACAGCGCAGACACGCACUGCAGUUGUCACGCGUGGAUUAGAGUAGAAGACAGAUGGUUAUCUUACUAAAUUUGAUGGUUUUGUGUUGUUUCCAUCGAAUACGUGGCCAGACCAAAUGGUUUGGUGUUGGCUUGGGGGCGUGCCCGUGACGCACGUGAACCGACGCCACCGAGCUGCAUAUAAACCUCAGCCUUUGACCGUUAGAGACACAUCUUCCUCAGCCUCUGCUCUGGACACUUCUCUGGCACAAAGACGAAGCUGAAAAUGUCUCCAAACAUGACUUGUGAACCUCUCCAGUCUUUUUCUCCAAGGCUUACUGUGGCCAAAAGAAAAGAGGCUCUUGAGCUCAGAAAGACAAUGAAACCUUUGAUGGAAAAGAAAAGGCGCGCUCGUAUCAACGAUAGCCUGAACCUUUUGAAAAACCUCAUCCUUCCUCUCACAGGCAGAGAUAAGACUCGCUACUCCAAGCUGGAGAAAGCAGACAUCCUGGAGAUGACUGUGAGGUUCCUCGGAGAUAUCCCACCUGUUAGCACGAAAGACUCCACAGACAGUUACAGAGAAGGCUACAGAGCCUGCCUGCAGCGCGUCUCCACUCUGAUCCCCAAAACCAGCCUGGAUCAGGACGCGUGUCAGCGGGUCAACGAUUUCGUGCAGCAGUCCAAGUCCAGCACCGUCACCAAGACCUGCAUGAACUGCUGCCCUCAGAGCUCCAGGACUUUCCCUCAAAUACAGCAGAGACUCCUGAGCCUCAAAUCCAGCUUCAGCUCCAGACUGGAGAGCCAGUCCUGCAGCAGCAGCAGCAGAGCGCAGUCCGGUCUGCAGGCUGUCAACGCCUCCAUGUGGAGACCUUGGUGAACCUCAUAAAAGGGUCUCCCAAAAGCCUGUAAAGUGUUUCAUAUGUAGGCAGCAUGUUGAGAUAGCAUCACUUGUAAAUAUGCACAGUGAGUUUUCCGUCGCUCCCGUUGAUGAAAAGCCAGAAUUCAUCGUUAAAUCGUAUCUGUUGAGUAUUAUAUACUUACGUUUUGCGCACGAGUCUGUUGUCCUGUUUAAGUUGACACGUUUAGACAGUCGUAUUUCUUUAAAUCUGCAUGUAUGUAUACGUUAAAUAUUUAGUCCUGUUUGUGGACUAAGUGAUUAAGGGCCAUUGAAACAGCCCUGUAAGACCCAAAGGGUCAGUCUGUAUGAAUCUGCACCUCAGAGUCCUGAGACUGUG